AUGGAUGACAGAUUAGAGGGCCUGCAGAAACUGUUUGCCGGACUCCAGCAGAGCGUCGAGAGCGAAGAGCUCUGGAAGGGCGUGGAAGAUGCGAUCGACAGCGCCAUGGCGCAGUACAAGGCGCAGUUGCUGGCACGACUGCGCAAAGAGCUCCAGCAGUACGUGGGCCACUGCAAAAUGCGACUGGAAGCGAUUCGGCUGCGCCAGUCGGCGACCAAAAAUAUGCUCGCUCUGGCGCAGGCGGACGUCGACAGCGGCGACACGGUGGAGUCGAAAACCAGAGAAUUGCGCAAACUGAAAGAGCGUCUGGCCACGCUGCGCCGCCAAUACCGUGCAAGGGUGAAACCUGGAAUUGCGAGCGCGAGCUCUCCGCGAGGAAAAAAAGAAAUUCCCGAAAGCGUGCGCAGAUACCGUCUGCCCCGGGGUCCUCGCCAAAAUAAGAGUCUGAGUCUACGCGAGCUAUACGAGGCCUGGUUUGUGGGAAACGAGCGCACGCCGGACGGAAUGCCGAUCGCAAGGGUCUUGCAGGAGUAUCCGAACUGGAGCUCAACGGAAACGACAUACUUCAACCGGCUCAAACGUGUGGCGCAGCUGUUGCAGAAGGUUGGCGAGGGCGAUGUGGCUAGUGCCGUCGAUAAGGUGGAAGCGUACAUGCAAGAGUACAAGGUUCCGGGAGUCAAUGCGCUUUCGGACCAGUGCUCGAAGCAGAAGGACGCCCCAGGCAUGGAGGAGGUAGUGCGGCGGGUGCAGGAGUGCGUGGUCCGGAGGGAUUUAAAGUGA